CAGGCGGGCGGGCGACCAGGCGCUCUCAGGCCGGGCACUGUCUGCCGUCGUUGGCUAGGAAGCCGAGCGGCCAAGUGGUCCUCCAGGUCCAAUUUGGGCGGCACCGUCUCCUUUUUUGCCGGUUGAGCUGUCAAUUUGGUCGGACGCCGUGUGUGGUUCACCGAUUCCACAUGCCGGCCCCUGCCGCGCCCAAUGCCUGCCCUGCGUCACUCGCCGCCUGCGACACCGCCCCUGCAGUCCGGCGGGUCUGGCCGAUAGGUCUGGUCCCCCAUGCUUGGCUGGCGCGGUUUCUAGAAUCUGGCGGCCACCCUAUUGUUCGUGCUAACGUGCGGGUGACCGGGUUCCAGGGGAAUUGGACCUCCGAAGUUUGUCUCCCAAGAUCUUCAUCCCGCAUCCCUUGGUGAAAAUUCUUGGAAAUUGAACUUAUCUCACGUUUUUUUUUGCAGAUCCGGUCUUCUCUUCCCAGUGUGAAAAAUGCAAGGCGAUGGACGCUCUGCUUAUGAAAAUAACGGUAAUGUGGAUUUGGGAUUAUCGGCUGGCAUCUAAGUAGAGCGUGGGGCAUCUGCGAGACCCAUGCGGGUCAGCCACGGCCCUCGGCCCCGUAUGCAUGCAGGUGCUACUACUGGGCGGCAAGCUGAUGCUCUCCCUGAGUUGGCUCCAGCUAGGCGGGUUGCUACUUCUGAGGGAUGACCUCUCAAUGUUCCAGAUAGAGCAUGCAUCCAACCUGUGAACGUACCAGACUCAGAUGAUGAUUCCGAUACUCGGGCAGCCCUAAAUUCCUGGUGGGACCUUGAUAGCAGCGGAAUACCGGGCCUCCCUUCUCGCGUCACGGAGGAGGACCUUAUCAUGGCAUGCGGUUUGAUUGGUAAUAAUUGUUUGUUGGAAACUCUGGCAGUUACUGACAUAUUGAGCAAUCCACCAACCCCAUACUUCGGGGUCCAUAUCCGCUCUCUAGAGUUAGGGAUGGUUGUGCCACUGCAUCCCUUCCUAAUUCGGUUCCUUCACUUCCUGGGUGUGGCACCAGGUCAAUUGGCUCCGGCAGCUCACAUGUUCGUUGCAGCUUUCGUGGCGCGAUGUGAGGGUGUGGGCCUCACACCCACGAUUGAUUUGUUUUUCAGCUGUUUCCAGUGGCGUGCUUCUAGCUUUUUCACCUCAGUCUCCCAGAGGUCAGUGAGCAAACUGUUUCGGUCGGGUUACCCCACUUCAGGCAAAGGGUGGAAGAAGAGAUGGAUCUGGGUGUCUGACCCCGAUCUCCCAUCACCUCCGUUUCAGUUGGGUGAGCGGGUUCGGAAGUGUGACCGGGUCGCUCUCUCCCCUGGUCUCAAGUCCUCCAUCGAGAUAUUGUCCGCAGGCGGUCCCCACUCCAUCAGCUCAUAUUUAGCUGUGCCUGAGAAGCUCGUUGUUGAGGCGGAAUCCGAUGAAGAGGAGGAGCCUCAACAAGUCAUCGUUCUUGUGGCAGCAACGUCUGCAAAGGGGAAAGGGCACGGAGCCCCCCCUCCAAGAAGGGUGAGAGUUACCUUCGGGCCUCGGCCAACUACGCCAGUGCAGGAGAAGCACAAGGGCGGACUCGUCGACCUGCUAGUCAAAUUGGAUGAGUCCGAUGAGGAGGAGGGGAGGAGCCCUGCCCCGCCGUUGCUGAUGUGGCCCCUAAGACUGUUGCGGGGAAAGAGCGCGGAGCCUCCUCCCCGGGCCGAGGGGAACAAGUCUCGAAGAAGGCUAAGGUCGCCCCCAAGUUUCAUUCCACUGAGCAGGUACACGAGGGUGCAGAUGAGAGGAUGAUCGAACGGAUCAGCCAUGACACCCCGCAUACAGUUACUUACGCAUUCCCAUCUUCGAGUGCCUCAAUUAUGCAUGAAGGCUUCCCGGUCGUGGAUUAUGCUUCAUCAAUCCUCCCACUAGGCAACCUCACCUGUACGACUUCCCAAGAGUUUCAUCCCCUCUUGGAGGGUUCCAUCCGGUCACAUAUUGAGGGGCUCGCCAAGACCAUCAGGGCACUCCACGCAGCCAAUCAUUCUCAGACCAGGCUUCAGCGCGAGGCUGACGAAGCUAGGGCUGCCCUGUGGGCCAGCCAGAAAGCCUUCUCCGAGCUGCAGUCCUCGCGUGCACAAGAAUGUGAAGAAGCGGCCAAACAAGGAGCCAAGAAAACGCUCUCCGAGUUCUAGGCCUCCGAGCAGUUCCAGAAUAUCAUCUCUGCGAGGGUGCAAGCGGAACAGUCUGAACUAGUGCAGAGGUGGCUGACGACCCCCGACGGAGAGUAUUGGCGCGCUCGCGAAGUCCUCUAUGCUUUUCAGAGUGGAAAGUAUUUGAUGCAGCAGAAGGUGUAUGGCCGGUUGAAGGAUCUCGACCUUGACUUUCAUCCAUCCACACUGGGCCUUCCUGGUCGCAUGAAGAAACCCGUGGAGGCGAUAGCCCUUCUUCCCCCAGAGGCCGUUCGUUAGGAGGAGGAGCUUGGUAGUUCGAACGAAUGGGCCUGGUUCUUUCCGCCAGCUCCGGGGAACAUGACUCCUGUGGCCCCCGGCCAGGACUUGGUUGGUGUGUUAGAUGAUGUUCCCGAGGUUGAUGGCGAUGGCUCUGUCCAGCCAUGACCUUGUAUUUUGUAUUUCCCUUGUUUCCCACUUGAAUACUUUGUGUUUCGAAUGGAUGUUUGAUUUUUAUUUCAUACGCCUACUUUUCUA